CCGAUAAUGAGGGGGCUGGGGUUAAGAUGAAAAUCCAGGAUGAUCCAGCAGCCUCAUUGUUCAGUAGAAACGCUCAGAUUUAGAAAGAACCAGAUGGAGAUAUGAAAGAUGUUCCAGAACAUAACUUAGGUCCCAGCCUAAAUACAUUAAUCAAAAAGGAUGUUAAUGGCCUGGGUUUGGUCUUGAUCGAACAUGGAUCCUUUCUGCAGAUCGUUCAUGUUAUUGGGAACAGUUCUGGAGACAGCCACAGAGCAGCAAACCUAAAGCAAGGAGACAUCCUGGUUAAAAUUGGCAGCAAAAAUGUCCUUGGUCACAAUCUGCGGGAAUUGCGCCGCCUUGUGGGCGAAAUUCCAGUGGGAACACAGCUACAACUUACUGUGUACAGAAAUUAUAAAGACCUCCCGGACAACUGGGAAAUGCGGACAGAAACUAUACAUUCAAACGAGAGCAUUCGAUUCAGCAGUGAGGAAGACGACUGGUUAAGCAGCAGUGAAGACGAUGACAAUGAUGAACACACUAAAAUAAAGUUCAAGAACUUUAAGCCCCUUUCCUUAUUUUGGCAUGACACAGGUAUAUACAAGCCACCCAUCUCCAGAGCAUGGCAUGCACCAAAGAAGAAUCAGAACAUACUCCUGGUUGGCCUUCAUGUUGGCUGUGAUGUAGUGUUCCACAAGGCUUUUGAUGAUGAUGUCAUAUCUAAUGAUGAUGAGGAGGAGGUCAUCCCUAAUCUUCAACACCUGUGGUCUGCAGAGUCAGAUACCAUAAGCACCACAUCAUCCUCUUCAUCGUCCACAGACCCGCUCUGGAUCCAACAUCUACAAACUCCAAGCUCCAAUGGUGACAAGAGUUCUUUGCGUAAUUCACCCCAACAUUCAAAGCAACCCCUUGAAGUAAAAAGCCUAGAAUUUGAAGACAUAGAAACCACUGAAUCUACAACCAAUACAACUACCAUAGAGAGUAGUGUUAGUUCCAGCUCUGAAUCCCCGUCACAGAAUUCCAAAAGUGGAUUAUUGAACACUCCUACACAGUCCAACGACACAGACUCAGAAAAUUCUACUUCAACAGAGGGUCAGAUAACAGAAUCUUGCAGUUCGGACACAAUCAUUGACAACACUCACCUACGAAGAGACUAUUGUAUUUCAAGAUGGCUAAAUAACACUUUCUGUAGAGACAAAAUUUAUAGCACAGAAAUUGGUUUAAAGUGACGCUUUGCUCCACACGGACCAGCUCCAAUUCCUCUUUAUCUAAUCCUGUCAAUAUAUCCUUCUAAUCCUUUCUUCACGUUUAUCUAAUAUCCCCUUAAAUGUACCUAUACUAUUUGCCUAAACCAGUCCACAGCAAGUUCCAAUUCCUUUCCAUUCUCUGGCUGAAGAGGUUUCUCCUAAAUUUCUUAGAUUUAUUAGUUACUCUU